UAAGUUGUGUAACACUACACUAGUAGGGAGGUAACCCUAACGGUCAUUACUUGUUGAUUGAGUCAGACACACAGUAUAUAAGGUUUAGUUCCUCAUAUCAGGAACGAGUAUCACUCACUGCGAGGGCGUGAGUAUUAGAGACCUCAGACCUUUCUUUAUUAACAGUGUAGCUGAACAUCAAGACGAUGGACAGAGAUCUUGCACUCGAGGCUUUGGGCGCACUGUGCAAUGCCAGUGUAACAUCUGUCCAGAAACAAGGUUCAAGCGAUGUGUCUUUUGGAGGUGUUUUUCGCAGAGGAGCAGGACAGCAGCAGCAGCUGCUGGACAUUCAACACUUCAUCCCUACAAUCUUGGAGGGAGAGGAAACCUGCUCGGUGUCAAACACCAGCUUCAGGUCCUUAAGAAGUGUCCUGCAAAGUGGCGAACCGCCAGCUGACUCCAGUCAACUGCACUACAGCAGAGUUCCGACAGGAAGGGAUCUCGUCAUUGAUGAAAAUGAAUUCUUUGACCCGCCCUUUGAUUAUGAUUUCAGUGGGCUGAGUGACACAGAGACAUACUACAGAGGAGGAGAGGUGUAUGAACGCCCGAGUGGUUGGUACCGUUUCGGUCUGAAGGUCCUGAAUAAGUAUGAUGAUAAUAGGUGGCUGGGAAGCCAGUACCGUACUACACAGUCGACGCCAGGUGAGUGGCCUGUUUCCUACCAUGGGACCUCAAAGCAGGGUGCUGAAGGAAUCAUCGCAGGAUAUUACCAGCCAGGCCCAGGUCAGGCUUAUGGCAGAGGGAUUUAUUCCACCCCAUACAUCUCUGAGGCCAUAUACUAUGCAAAGAUUUUCACAUCCCAAAAGACGGGCAAGAGUUACCAUGUGAUUCUGCAGAAUCGGAUCAACGCUGAGUACAGGCAGAAGCACAACAAUGACAAGUACUGGCUGAUUCCCAUCCAAGCCCACAUAUCGGGGGAAGAAGAGCGGGAGGAGGUGCAGCAGGCCAUCCGUCCUUACGGCCUUCUGCUGAAAGAGGUCUGAACGAACAAAGCGUCACAAGAAAACAAUGAAUUUGCAAUAAAAAUGUGAUGUGUAAAAAUCAUUCUGUACUAAAGGAUUGAAUAAACAAGCAGCUACUGCUUUGAAUCUGGUUCUGGUUCUUGUAUGUUUCAGUAAACUACACCACAUUCAGUUAGUUAAAGGUAACGCGCCCCAUUUAAUUUUCAGUAACCCUAAGGGCGUUAUAAAGACGGAAAUAAUAAUUAGUUAGAUUACCCCUGUUAAGAGACAUCUGUUAUAGAGUGUACUCAGUUGUUAUGUGAUAUGUGAUUGUACUGCUGUUUCAAUGGAGUGCAGUAUUUUGUUUUCACCACAGUGAGGCGCAACUCACGCUGUGUCAUCUUAUUUUGUUUAAACCACACCCAAGUUUGCUCAACUUCAUUCCCUCCAUGAUGUGAGAAAAACGUAUGGUCAUGUUGAAUCUCAAAUAAAAAAUGUCAAAGGGCUAAAGGAUA